AUGCUCGUCUCCCUCGUCUCCCUCUUGGCCGCGGCCUCUGCCGUCACCGCCCAGACUAGCAACGCACCCGUCACCACCGACAACCCUGCUGGUGCCAAGUACGUUGCCACACUGCCUACCAAGGACGGCAGCAGCCUCGCUGGCUCCAUUGAGGGCUCUACGGCCGACGGCGGCAAGGGCGUGCGCUUCAACGUUCACUUUUCUGGUCUCCCUGCUACUGGCGGCCCUUUCAUGUACCACAUCCAUGCUAAGCCCGUUCCGGCCGACGGCAACUGCACGGGUGCUGGCGCUCACCUGGACCCGUACCACUACGGCGAGGACAAAAAGUGCGAUGCCAGCAAGCCCGAGAUUUGCCAGACGGGCGACUUGAGCGGCAAGUACGGAACCUUUGAAGGCAACACAUUCGCCGCCAGCUACGUCGACCUGUACUCUUCGACCUCGCCUUCCGACCCGGCUUUCUUUGGUGGUGUGUCGUUUGUUCUGCACUUGGCCAACAAGACGCGCAUCGGAUGUGCCAACUUCCACCUCGUCUCAGACGGCGAGACAAGUUCGUCUGCUUCCUCGUCCCCAGGCUACCCCACAGGCUCGAUGCCCGUCCCCAUUGCGAGCACUCCUGUGCCUGUCUCGACCCCGGCCUCUGCUGGCUACGCCAUGCCUACUGGCUACCCCAUUGGCAACGGUACUGUCGUUGCCCCCUCGCCCACCGCCAGCAGCCCCUUCCACUCGAGCUCGCCCAGGCCCUCUGAGUUCCCCGGUGCUGCCCCCAAGUUGGCUUGUAGCGCAGGUGUCCUACUUGCUGCCGCUGCCGCUGCCGCUGCAUUCAUCUUUUAG